GCUUCUCUCUGGGUUCCACGGUGCAGUCUCACACCAAAGGAAUCUGGAUGUGGUGUGUGCCUCAUCCCAGGAAGCCAGACCACACCCUGGUUCUUCUUGACACUGAAGGCCUGGGAGAUAUCGAGAAGGGUGAUAACCAGAACGACUCCUGGAUCUUCGCCCUCGCAAUACUCCUGAGCAGCACCUUCGUGUACAACAGCAUGGGGACCAUCAACCAGCAGGCCAUGGACCAACUGCAGUAUCCUUUCUGUAGUUCAGAAUGGCCUCAAAAAUUCCUUUUUUAUCUUCCUGCAGGUACCACUCAAAAUGAUCAAAAUUUUAAUCUGCCCCGACUCUGUAUCCGGAGAUUCUUCCCGAAGAAGAAAUGCUUUGUCUUUGACCGACCCACUCAUCGGAAGAAGCUAGGCCAGCUUGAGAAACUGCAUGAUAAUGAGCUGGAUCCCGACUUUGUGCAACAAGCUACAGUCUUCUGUUCCUACAUCUUUACCGAGUCCAAAACUAAAACUCUUCCAGGAGGCAUCAAAGUCAACGGACCUCGUCUAGAGAAACUGGUGCAGACCUAUAUUGAUGCCAUCAGCCGUGGAGAUCUGCCCUGCAUGGAGAAUGCAGUCCUGGCCUUGGCCCAGAUUGAGAACGCAGCUGCAGUGCAAAAGGCCAUUGCCCACUACGACCAGAAGAUGAGCCAGAUGGUACAGCUGCCUACAGAAACCCUCCAAAAGCUUCUGAACCUGCACAGGACCUGUGAGAAAGAAGCCAUUGAACUCUUUAUGAAGAAUUCCUUCAAAGAUGUAGACCAAUUAUGUCAAAAGGAUUUAGCGGCCCAGCUGGAGAAAAAACUAGAUGACUUUUGUAAACAGAAUGUGCAAGCAUCAACAGAUCGUUGCUCAGAUUUACUUAAGUAUAUUUUCACUCCUCUUGAAGAAGCUGUGAAGAAGGGGGAUUAUUUUAAACCAGGAGGAUACCGCCUCUUCCUCCAGAAGACACAAGAACUGAAGAGAAAAUACCUUCAGAAACCUAAUAAGGGGAUACAGGCUGAAGAGGUUCUUCAGGCAUACUUGAAGUCCAAGGAGUCUGUGACUGAUGCGAUUCUACAGACAGACCAGAGUCUCACGGCAAAGGAAAAGGAGAUUGAAGUGGAACGUGUGAAAGCUGAAUCUGCACAGGCUGCAGCAAAAGUAAUGGAGGAAAUCUUAUCUUUUAAUGGGCAAAAGAUCCCCAGGCAUAGCACCUCAUAUGAAAGUGGAAACUGCAGUGUUUUUACUGGCAGUAAUGACUGCCCAGAGGAAGAGCUCCUGGGGCUGAGACCACCCAAAUCCAGUUUGAGUUAUAAACCCCCUACUCACACCUCUGCAGAUGAAAGUAUCAAAGGAGAUUUGGAAGACGAUGGAGUUAUUCCCGGGCAGUUGUGGCUUAUACACAGCGGUGGUCAGAUGUGA